AUUUAUGAAUAAAGUGGCCUUUGUUACAGUCGCAUCACUUUUAAGUCAGCGAAAAGUAUAAUUAUAAAGUGCUGGAGAUUCAAGACAAAUAUAUUAUAAAUUAAAGAGUAGAGAGGAACAUAUAGGUGACGCACUAAAGAAUGAAUACGACGUCAUUAUAGUAGGAGGAGGAGCUACUGGUGCAGGAGUAUCACUUGCUUGUGCAAAUAGAGGAUUGAAAUCAAUAGUUUUGGAGGCUUAAGAUUUUGCAAGUGGUGCAUCAAGUAAAUCAACAAAAUUAGUACAUGGAGGUGUAAGGUAUAUGCAAUAAGUAUUUCAAUUGUAAGAAAAAAACAGAAUGGAAAAAUGGGAUUUAGUGGCAGAAGCAUUAAGAGAAAGAUCUAAUUUUUUAACUAUGUGUUCAUAUUUAACAUAAGAUUUCCCAACUUUAAUUCCAUGUAAGAAUUUAUUUGAUUUGGGAUAUUAUUAUUUUGGAUCAUUGAUAUAUCAUUGUGUUUAUUUAUAUUAUUAAACAGGAGGACAUACUUUUAAACCUCCAAGAAUAGUAGGAAAAGAUGAAAUUUAAUAACAUUUUAAAUUUGCUAAAUGUAAUUAUGGUGUUAUUUAUUAUGAUGGAUAAUUUAACGAUGCUAGAAUGGUAUAAGAAGUACUUGCUACAUCUAGUUUAAAAGGUAAAAAUAUAAUUUAUAUAAUAAAGGAUAAAAUAUGGUGAAUUAUGUUGAAAUUAAAAAAUUAAUAAAGAAUGAAUAGAAUAAAAUUAUAGGAGUAGAAGCAUAUGAUCAAAUAGCUUAGAAAUAAUUUUAAAUAAAAGGAAAAUGUGUAGUAAAUGCAACAGGUGGAUGGGCAGAUAAUUUAAGAUUGAUGGAUGAUCCAACUGUUUCUAAGAGAAUAGUAUCUGUAGCUGGUAGUCAUUUAACUAUGCCAUAAAAAUAUGGAUCUCGUCAUUGGGGUUAUUUAAUACCAAAAACUAAUGAUGGAAGGGUUCUAUAUAUGGUACCAUGGUUAGGUAAUAUGAUAAUGGGAACUACUGAAAGAAAAUUAGAUAAUGCUAUACAUGAUCCAACUGUUAGUCAUGAAGAAUAUAUGUGGUUAUUAAAAUCAUUUUGCGAUGAAUUUGAUGUUGAUGCAAGUGAAGUAGCUAGAGAUGUUAAAUCUAAAUGGAGUGGUGUUAGACCUUUAGUUUAUUCAAGCAAUGCUCUUACUACUAAAGAAGUCUCAAGAACUCAUGAAAUAGAAGUAUCCAAAAGUGGGUUAAUAUCAGUUAUGGGUGGUAAAUGGACUAUCUUUAGAUUAAUGGGUGAACAAACUGUUGAUAAAGUUUAAUAGUUGAUUGGAAAUAAUUAACAAAGAAUUGAGAAUCUACCAAAAUUAGUGGGAGAUUGGACAUAAUUUGAUCACAGAAAAGAAAUCUAAGUUAUGAUGACAAUGUUUGAUUUACCUUAAUCAUAUGCUGCCUAUUUCUUAACUACUUAUGGAGAUAGAGCAUAUGAUGUUUUAAAGCUUAUCUAUGAAAAACCAGAAAAUAAGGAAAGUUUACAUCCACAAUUUCCACAUACUGUUGGUGAAAUCUUGUAUUAGAUUAGAUAUGAAUAAGCUAGAAAACCAGAAGAUAUUUUGUUUAGGAGAACAAGAUUAGGGUUUUUAGAUUAAAAUGCCAUUUUUACAGUUUAUGAAAAAGUAUUCUAAAUUAUGGCUAAAGAAUUGAAAUGGUCAGAUAAAUUUUAGAAAUAAUUUUUAAAAGAGAAUUUUGAAUAUAUAAGAAAAUUGGAGUUUUGA